AUGACAGAGGCUGUGGAGGUGAGCGAGGGACUAACUGGGAAUGGUGGUGCUAAGUUACGCCACCGACUUGCCUGCCUUUGGGACCCAGUCCUCCACGGAGAGACACAGGAUAGUCUCCUGUUCCACUGCUGCUCCCAGUUGGCAGCAGGGAAAAGUUCUCUCUUUGGAUUUUGUUCACCUUUUCAGCUCAAAGAUGAAGAAAAGCUCUCAGUGUGCAGCAAAUUGUGUUACGGUAUUGGGGGUGCUCCAAACCACAUUGCUGGCAGUGCCACCUCCUUCUAUCUGCAAAUCUUUCUCUUGGAUAUAGCUCAUAUUACUCCAUUUCAUGCCUCUUUGGUGCAAUUCAUUGGCAAAGCCAUGGGAGCAGUUGCAGAUCCUGUUGCAGGCUUUUUUAUUGGUCAAAGCAAAUGGACCAGAAUUGGCCGACUCAAGCCUUGGUUGGUGGGUUGUACGCCUUUCAUCACUGUAACCUAUAUGAUGAUGUGGUACUUACCGCCCUUCAUAUCUGAAAGAGUUAUAUGGUAUCUCACUUUCUAUAGCCUUUUCCAAGCACUGUAUACAUUAUACCAGGUACCAUAUUCUGCUCUUACAAUGUUUCUCAGCGCAGACCAAAAGCAACGAGAUUCAGCAACAGCAUACCGGAUGGGAUGUGAAGUUCUUGGAACGUUGAUUGGAGCUACGGUCCAUGGGAAAAUAGUGGCCAGCGCUCACAGGUCGGAACACUGUAAAGAGGAUCAUAGUAUAGAAUCUGCGAUCUCUGUGGUGGGCGAACAAAACGUUUCCAGCAUUGACCUAUUUCAUGGAAAAGAAGUCUACAUGAUUUCAGCAGGAGUAAUAGGAACAACAUACCUUAUUGGCAUUGUUGCUCUUUUCUUUGGAGUAAAAGAAAAAAAUGAUCUGUACACCAUACAGUCGGACAAAAAAGUUCCUUUCUUUAAGGGACACGAGCUCACUAUGAAGGAUAGACCAUAUUUGAUACUUACAGCAGCAUUUCUCUUGAUCUCAACAGCAGUUCAGAUUGAACAAGGCAACUUUGUCCUCUUUUGUACCCAGGCAGCCGGCCUUCGCAACCACUUUCAGAAUUUAGUGCUGAUGAUCUUGGUCUCAGCAGUACUGAGCAUUCCAUUGUGGCAAUGGUUUCUGAAACAUUUUGGCAAAAAGAGUGCAGCGUGUGGGAUUUCCUGGAUGAUUCCUUUUGUAAUCUUGAUGGUGACCAUGCCAAACCUUAUCCUUGCCUACAUGGUAGCUAUUGUAUGUGGCCUGAGCAUUGCAGCAUCUAUGCUGUUGCCUUGGUCCAUGUUGCCUGAUGUAGUUGACCACUUUGGAGUGCAGCAUCCUCAUUCCAGAGGGCAUGAAACUAUUUUCUAUUCUUCAUACAUCUUUUUUACUAAGAUAUCAGCUGGCAUAGGACUGGGAAUUUCUUCCUUCAGUCUGGGACUUGCAGGUUUCGAAUCAGGGGUGUGCACACAACCCAAGAGUGUGACUACAGUGCUGAAAGUCUUGAUCGGUGCAGUCCCGCCCAUUCUCAUACUGAUAGGCUUAUCUGUACUCGUGUUCUAUCCGAUCACUGAGAAGAGCCGAAAGGAAACUAAAUAUGCCCUUGAAAAUAUGAGAAUGUAAGUCUGAGGGCAGGGACUGUCUUCUUUACUGAUUGGUUGUAAGCCACUCUGGGAG